AAGCCCAGACGGUGCUGAGGUGUGAAGAAGGACAACGUAACGAAAUGUAUCAUUAUUUUCCCUCUCUCCUAAACUCGAAUAUCGAGUGAAUUUGUCCUCUUUUUAUUUAUUUUUAUUUUUAAUUUUAAUUUUUUUUUUUUUUUUUGUUUUACCCGCGCGCACGACCGACGAUAAUGUUGGCGUCAUGUAGGCUCUGCUUUUCAGACUUUGGAAAACAAAUCGGGUAUUGUCGGUGAAUUCUCGGGAGAUGGCAGAAUAGUUCGACCUCUGCCAGCUGCCGAGCCUUCGCAAAAGCACUUUGACAAAAAUAACCCACAAGGUCUACAAUGACAGCUGGGGACAUGUUUCUUUUGAUUUUGAUCGUCCUGGUCCUUCCCUGUUCUAGCUUGGAAGGUGAGGGCAGUCUGAGAAAAUCUGUUUGUUUGUGUGAUGGAUCAUCUUGUAGCAGUGGGGAACGGUGUGUUGGCCAGCAGUGCUUCACCUCUCUCUCAGUACUGAACGGGACAUCGGUUCUUCAAAAGGGCUGCAUUGUAGAUAAUGAAGAAGGGCACCUGCGCUGCGGAAGCCCACCAUCUCCUGAGCUGGUGAUAGAGUGCUGCUAUGGGGAUCUGUGUAACGUGAACAUCUCCUUGCAGUCACCGUUGAAAGAUGUAGAACUGUCUGCUGGCAGACCAGUCCUCAGAGACCAGGAGUGCGUGUGCGAGGGCGGCGUGUGUGAGCGUGACCAUCGCUGCACAGGGCAGCAGUGUUUCUCCUCCCUGAAGAUGAUCGAUGGGCUGGCCGUCCAACAGAAGGGCUGCCUGAGGGACGACGAGGAGGGCAGCGCCACCUGUGCCAUGCCACCCUCAUCUGCCCAUGUCAUCAAGUGCUGCCAGGGCCAUCUGUGUAACAUGAACGUCACUGUUCAAGCUCCUGGGAAAGAGGAGCAGUUGAAGCCCCUGAUCAAACAGGAGCACGAGUGUGUGUGUGAAGGCAGCUCAUGUGUAACAGGCAAUCGCUGCAUGGGCCACCAGUGUUUCUCUUCUCUGACGGUCAACGGCGGCUCUCUGGUGUACCAGAAAGGCUGCUUUAAGGUUUAUGAGCAGAGUACGUUGACCUGUAAGACCCCACCUUCCAGAGACCAGACUGUGGAGUGCUGCCAGGGUCCCCUGUGUAACAUGAACAGCACUGUGGAGCUGCCUGUCAAAGCUGAUGAGACGCCAAACUACAGUGUGACCACACUGGCUAUUGUCAUCGUGGCACCCAUCAUCGUCCUCAUCGUCCUCUCGGCUAUUGCUAUCCUGGUGUUUAGACGCAUCCACCACAAUCAAAUGGAGAGAUUAACAUCACGAGAUGCUGAAUACGGAACUAUUGACGGCCUUAUAGCAUCCAAUGUGGGGGAGAGCACUCUGGCGGAUUUGUUGGACCAUUCCUGCACUUCAGGCAGUGGCUCAGGACUCCCAUUCCUUGUUCAGAGAACUGUUGCUCGACAAAUUACACUCAAUGAGUGUGUGGGUAAGGGCCGUUAUGGUGAAGUGUGGAGGGGUCAGUGGCAGGGAGAGAGUGUCGCUGUCAAAAUCUUCUCCUCCAGAGAUGAGAAGUCCUGGUUCAGAGAGACUGAGAUCUACAACACAGUGCUGCUGAGACAUGAGAACAUCCUUGGCUUCAUAGCUUCAGACAUGACCUCGAGGAACUCCAGUACUCAGCUGUGGCUGAUCACUCACUUCCAUGAGAUGGGCUCCUUGUAUGACUACCUUCAACUCAGCACCCUGGAUGCCUCCAGCUGCCUCCGCAUGGCACUCUCCAUCGCAAGCGGCUUGGCACAUCUCCAUGUUGAGAUCUUUGGGACACAGGGCAAACCGGCUAUCGCCCACAGAGACCUGAAGAGCAAAAAUAUAUUGGUCAAAAAGAAUGGACAGUGCUGCAUUGCUGACCUUGGUCUGGCGGUCAUGCAUUUUCAAGACACCAACGAGUUAGAUGUGGGAAACAACCCCAAAGUGGGUACAAAGCGUUACAUGGCCCCCGAGGUACUCGAUGACUCUAUCCAGAUGGACUGUUUUGAGUCCUACAAGAGAGUGGACAUCUGGGCCCUGGGCCUCGUCUUGUGGGAGGUUGCCAGGAGGACAGUCAGCAAUGGCAUUGUAGAGGACUACAAGCCACCUUUUCACGACGUGGUCCCAAGUGAUCCCAGUUUUGAGGAUAUGAAGAAGGUUGUGUGUGUGGAUCAGCAGAGGCCCAACAUCCCAAACAGAUGGUUUUCAGACCCAACUUUAACCUCCAUGGCCAAACUCAUGAAAGAGUGCUGGUACCAGAAUCCAUCAGCCAGAUUAACAGCGUUGCGCAUCAAAAAGACUCUCACAAAGAUCGACAACUCCCUGGACAAAAUCAAAACAGACAUUUGAGCCUGCCUCAAGAAGAAGAGGCAGACAUAUACUAAAGGCCUUUGAAGACAUCCAGAGGGUGGACCAUCAUAGAGAAAUCUCAGAAGACAAAAGACUUUGAUGGGUUCAGUGCCCUUAUAGUGGCACAGACCAAUAUUUAUUUUAAAACACUUGGCGGGACACAUUUUGGCAUCCAAAGAUGGCUUACCGGGCAUUCCUGAGACUGCCAAUGGUCUUGGAAAUAGGAAAAUAUCUUCUCAACUUAUAACACUGUUAGAAAUGUUCUUCAAGGAAGAAACUGUUACAUGGGCAUUUGAGUAGGCUUGCUUUUGUUAGAACCGCAGAUUUUGUUUGACACUUUUUUUAGUUUGAAAAAUGUCAGAACAUAUUAGCAGUUUCACUUUAUCUCUGUAAUCGUCAUGCAUUGUGUAAUGGAAAUUUUUAAUACAAUUCACAUUUUACUAUUCAGCUGUUAAGCUGUAGUUAUAUUAUCUAUGGAAUGCACUGAUUGCUUAUUGUUCAGUUGCAAGGUACAGCCUGACCCUCAGGGAUAAAAUGAACCAGUUGGUAACAGGCAGUUGUCCUUCAUCCCUGAGCUGCAAUCUAUCUCACCAAUUAAUUACGAAACUAAGUGUGUUUUAUCUCUUUGAACAGAUACACAGCAACCCCUCCUUUCUGUAAUGACUAAGGGGUAUAAAUGCUCUACUAAGUUUUGUGCUUUAUGCUCAUUGUCAUACACUGCUCAUUGCUGUGUGACCUUUGGUCGCUGUAUGCUUGAGACCAUCUGCAGAUGCUGAAUUAAACUUACAAAAAGUCAAGAGUUGACUCUAAGUGCUUUAUUGAACAGAAAAUUGCCACCGCGAACACUUGUUUGAUCUAUGGUGGAUUCAUUUGGAAAAGAGGUCAACUGGCCAACUGAACUUGCCAAUUUAUUCAGCAUACUUUCUGAAAUAGUAAGGAUCACAGCAAGGAGUUUUAAGUUUUACUUUGUGUGUCAUGCACCUCUGUUUACAAUGCUGUCAGAACAAGUGUCUUGGGAUCUAAUCAGUCCUGUAACAUUUAGUUGUACGGCUGUGUCAGUGGCACUGUUCUUUUCUUAAUCUCUCGUCCGACUGAAGGUACUCUGUUGCAGACUUUUUGUAUAUCACCAUGCAUUUUACAUUGAAUUAUGUACCUGCUCUUUGUUUUGUUUUCUUCAGCUUUACAGACACAAAUGCUAAAAGAACAAAUAAAAUAUCUGCUAGAUGGCGCUGAACUCUGUUUCUCCAGAGGCCUGUUAGUAAACCUUUAAAGCCUGUAUACUGUCUUAACGCGUGCAUUGUGGUCUUAAUGCGUGCAUUGUCAAGUAAAUGAAGUCAAACUUCA